CCCCCGGCCGACCUUUGGACACCUGCUGUGCUGAGCGCGUCUGCUGGUCUUCAUGCGAAGAAGGUCGGCGGCGGGCUUUGUUCCUCACAUCGGUGGCACCUCGUUGAGUCAUGAAAUGGAUAUUUUGUGGCAAUAUCAGUUUAGGAUGAUAUUGUUAGGGGAUUCGACGGUGGGGAAGUCGUCGCUGCUGAAGCGCUUCACCGAUGGCGUUUACAGUGACGUCGCCGAUCCCACCGUCGGCGUGGAUUUUUAUGCCCGUUCGCUUGAUAUCGAGCCGGGGGUGAAAAUCAAGCUGCAGCUUUGGGACACGGCAGGCCAGGAACGAUUCCGGUCCAUUACGACAUCCUACUAUCGUAAUUCUGUGGGAGGGCUGCUGGUGUUUGACCUCACCAGUCGCAAAACCUUCGAGCACGUACGGGAGUGGCACCACGAAGUGAGCGAACACAUCCUGCCCCACCAAAUGGUCUACAUUCUCAUUGGGCACAAGAGUGACCUGAACAAGGACCGCAGAGUCGGGAGGGAUGAAGCGGAGCAGCUGGCGUCUGAGCUGGGAAUUCGCUAUGUAGAAACAUCGGCCAAGUGCAACAGUAACGUUGACCGGGCCUUCGAGCUGUUAACCAGGGACAUCUAUGAGCUGAUGAAGAUCGGUGCCAUCGUCACUCGAGAUGGCUGGGAUGGGGUGAAGAGCGGCCUCACUGCCAAGGUCCUCUAUCCAGGGAACGAUGAAGAUGAACAAGCUCCAGCGUCUGCUGAAAGGAGCUGCAACUGCUGACUUUUUCCAACAAAAAACCGCUUAUCUUGUCUCCCGGUGAUUUUUGGAAAACAACUCCCACCUCCACUUCAUUGUGCGUGAAUUCUACUGAUGACAAAACUAUAGACGCAGCUCACACGUAUCUACAUGCUCUUUUUCUGUGUGCUGAUCAUUUGAGGUAAAACCAGCUAGCAUGCGGUGUUGGUCCAGUAUAUAGAAUUUCACAACCUAAGAGGGGUUAGUUUCUGGUACAACUUAAAGUAUCAGUGUUUUCCACACCACAACACAUAUUUCAGGGUGUUUCUUUAACAUUUUUGGCAUUUGUGUACUUAUUUAUACAUCUGUCUAUGUAGAUAUCUAUAUCCAUAUCUAGACAUAGAUACAUAUAGAUGUACAGUACAGUCCAAAAGUAUACACCUUCUCAUUCAAUGCGUUUUCUUUAUUUUCAUGACUAUUUACAUUGUGGAUCGUCACUGAAGGCAUCAAAACUAUGAAUGAACACAUGAGGAGUUAUGUACAUAGCAAAAAAAGGUGAAAUACCUGAAAAAAUGUUUUAUAUUCAAUUUUUUUUCAAAAUAGCCACACUUUGCUCUGAUUACUUUUUUGCACACUCUUGGCAUUCUCUCUGUGAUCUUGAAGAGGUAGUCCCCUGAAAUGAUUUUCACUUCACAGGUGUGCUUGACGCUCAUCGAGAGAAUGCCGAGAGUGUGCAAAAAAAUAAUCACAGCGAAGGGCAGCUAUUUUGAAGAAACUAGAAUAUAAAACAUGUUUUCAGUUAUUUCACCUUUUGGUGGCUUCUGUAAUCCCGGCCCAGGGAUUACAGGAGCCAGUAAACACGCUAGCACAGGGGUCCCCAAAUUUUUUUGACCCGGGGCCGCAUUGGGUUAAAAUAAUUUGGCCGGGUGCUGGGCUGUUUAUAUAUAUGUUAGGGCUGCUAAUCUUUGGGUGUCCCACGAUUCGAUUCAAUAUCGAUCCUUGGGGUCGCGAUUCGAUUAUAAAUCGAUUUUUUCGAUUCAACGCAAUUCUCGAUUAAAAAACGAUAUUUUUUCGAUUUAAAAGGAUUCUGUAUUCAUUCAAUACAUAGGAUUUCAGCAGGAUCUACCACAGUCUGCUGACAUGCUAGCAGAGUAGUAUAUAUAUAUUUUUAAAGCUUUUAUAAUUUUAAAGGACAAUGUUUUAUCAACUGAUUGCAAUAAUGUAAAUUUGUUUUAACUAUUAAACAAACCAAAAAUGUGACUUAUUUUAUCUUUGUGAAAAUAUUGGACACAGUGCGUUGUCAAGCUUAUGAGAUGCGAUGCAAGUGUAAGCCACUGUAUUGUUCUUUUUUUUUCUUUUUUUUUAAAUUUCUAAGGAUAAUUUUAAUGAGGCAUUUUUAAUCACCGCUAAGCUGAAAUUAUAACUAAUAUUGAUAGUGUUGUUGAUAAUCCUCAUUUUUGUUUCACUACUUUUGGUUUGUUCUGUGUUGUGUUUGUGUCUCCUCAAUUGCUCUAUUUAUUGCAGUUCUGAGUGUUGCUGGGUCAGGUUUGGUUUUGGAAUUGGAUUGCAUUGUUAUGGUAUUGCUGUGUUUUGUUUUGUUGGAUUGAUUAAAAAAAAAAUCGAUUUUUUAAAAAUGAGAAUCGAUUUUUCCCACACCCUUUAUAUAUAUAUAUAUAUAUAUAUAUAUAUAUAUAUAUAUAUAUAUAUC